CUUUUCUCCUGCCUGCAUACAUACAUACCUACAUACCAUGCUCAGUCUACUACUAAUUUUUACUUGCUUGUAUACUCGCUCUUGAUCCUCUCUUGUCACUCCUUUGCAUCUCGUUUGUGUUAGCCGGCCGAUGAACGAACGUCCCCUAGCUCACCAUUCUGGCCCACGGAGCGCGUCAGGAUCUCUCAUCGUGUGUGUCCUGGACGCGUCAGUCGAGGCAGAAGUAGUGUGGAAGGCAUCACCAUAAUCAUCGGAGCGAUUGGGACGAGACGUCUAUCGCUCACCUGUUGACGACAACGUGGAAGGCACCACAGCCACAGCCACCACGUCGAACAUUGCGUCCGUACCAACGUCGCCGCCUGUCGUUGGUAACAAUGCUCCCCUAGCUCGCCAGCCCGCCGUACGAGAAGGACGAGAGCGAGAGAACACGCUGCUGUCUCCGCCCACCAAGCAUUCAUUCAGUCCCGACGUAUCCCGUCUACCUCCGCCGCGAACACCAGCGAGUCUACGGAGCAGAGAUAAUCAGUCCGACUACCACACCGCUCCCUGGGGCUCUCCGUUGGUAUACAACUUCUCAUCCUCUCCCGGAUCGAGAUCCGCACAUACCGCCUUCUCGCAGCUGGAGUCUGUUGACGACACCAGCGAGCUGCGCUCGUCUCCCACCAGCUUUGGAUUAGAGCAUUUGAUUCCCUCUCGUUUGGAAGAUUUUGGUCUGCCCGCUGGCCCAACUACCUCCCCACUGGGAAUAUCCUUCCCUACCUCCUACCAAGACCAGACUCCUCGAUCGAGGACGCAGCGGUGGGUGGACUUGCCACAGCGCAUCGAAAAGUCUGAGCGUGCACAUUGGUGGAGUGACGCGUCUGACGCCGAAGGUUCGCGACGAGCGUCUGCAGGCGGCAACGUGAAACGACCUGGCCACAAACCUCGUGAGGAGAACCGCACGUUGGACCAGCAGAGCUUCUGGGACACCAUCCGAGGCCACCGCGCCGACGACAGCAUGUCGAGCUUGUUCGCAUCGAGAUGGGCGGCGACGCCCGAGCCGAGCGCGGAGAACCGGCGGGAUAAGGGCGGCGAGGAAGAGCGAGACGAGGAGCAGACGGAGCAGCAGUUGCCCAACGAAUUGCUCACGUCGCGGUGGGCGGCGACGCCAGAGGAGGAAGAGAAGCUGAAGCUGAAAGAGCUAGCGGAGGUGGAGCGGGCGCCGCAGGACAGCGCCACGAAGGACGAAGUCGAUGCUGACUUUGUGCCCAAGAGCAUGGCGUCGUCGCGCUGGGCAGACGCUCUACCGCCGGAAGAGGAGCAAGCUGUCGUGAAGGAGACGGCGGAGCAGGAGGCGCGAGAGCUGGCAGCGAGGGCAGAGGCGCUGGCCAAACAAGAAGCGAUCCUCGCCAAGAUCAAUGGCGACAACGACGACAGCGCGGCGGUGCCCACGAUCAGAGCGGCGGAGUUGGCUGGAGUUCCCGCCUCGCUGCUACCCGGUCCUCCGCCGCCGCCGCCAACAUCAUCUGCUCCGAAGCUGGCACCACCGCCACUGAAGAAGCGCGUGAGCUGGCGCGGCCGGAAUAUUGUCAUUGCUAUUCCACGCCUCAACUAUCAGGCGGCCGGCCUCGCGGAGCCGAUGCGCAACGAGGACAUUGCUUGGCGCCUGCAGAAGUUCGAGGACGAGGGCUACGACAUCACGGGCUACGACCUCGCGGAGGAGCAGUCCAGCCAUCACGGACCGGCGCAGGUCAAGGACAUCUAUCCCGACGAGCGAGAAGCGCGCACUCCGCGCUCCAAGGACGAUAUCAAGGUCAUGUUGCCCGAUCUCGCCAAGUGGAAAGCAUACAUGGACUAUCUCACGGAGCAGAAACUUGCAGCACUCGGCGUCUCGCUCGGCUUCGAUGAGCCUGCGCCUCUGCCACCGGCCCCGGGACCUGCACAGGCGCAGGACCUCUCCCGCCAGUCUUCUGCUGGACAGCAGUACCCGCCACUGCCAUUCUCUCCGCCCAUACCAACCGGUUCUGCUGGCAGCCUCGGCCGGCCUCCGAUGAUGCGUGGCCAUACCCACACCAUGUCCGUCGCUUCACCCAUCUCUCCCAUGAACGGGCCGUUCGGGCACAUGCACCGGCAUUCGACGUUUACGGGAUCGUCAAUGGGCUUCCCUGGGAUGCAGCAGCCGCAAUCGCAGUUUCCUCGGACGCUGUCGCCUGGAAUACCAGGUCUGCAAGCUCAGUCUCCCGGCAUACCAGGGUUCCAGGGCUUUACGCCGCAACAGCAGCAGCAAUUUGCCUUGCAACAGGCCGGUAUCCCUCGUGGCGGAUCGCCAGCUCAGAUCGCCGCAUUACGACAGGACCUUGGCGGCCUUCGUGGACCAGGUUCUCCCUUGAGCCAGCAGAUCCUCCCGCAAUUCCCACAAUCUCCGCAAGAUUACAGCAGAGGAUUGGUCGAAGAUCAGAGACGCAGACAACACGCGUAUUCGCAGUCCAUGGCCGCAUCAUCGGCGCCCAAUCCGUUUGUGGCGUACACUUCACAUGGAUCUAGUCUGCGGCCCACUCCGGCCCUCCCAGAACUUGCUGAAGACGAGGAAGAAGACGACGAUGAUGCUGUUGAGCCCCCACCACAUGCCUAUGUCCCCCCACAAAAAAGGGUUCAAGCUGAGACGGAAAUAGUGGUGCCUACACCUAAGGGUCAUCGUCACAACAUUAGCGAAGGACUGGAGCGUGAGCUUCUCGAGGCGGAGCAACGACAGAAGAAAGCAAGUCGUGACUUUGUCGAGGUCAUUGAGGAAUCAGAAAACUCACAUUCCGAGUCCCAAUUUCCUCUUGUGGCUGCACGAAUUGGCAAAGAGAACGAGCCACCUGUGUCCAAGGCAGAGGAGAAGGACCCACUCGUCAGUCAGCCUGGGAAAAGCGCGCCCACGCGCUUUAAUGUUGCUGCUCCAGCCUUCACAUUCAAUCCGGGCGCGGAGUUCAAGCCAUCGCAACCAUUUUCAUUCAACGCGCAGCCAAUGCCCGCCUUCGGCGCACCAUCCGUUGCGCCACCAGUGCAACCACUGCCUGCGGCACAGAUGUUCGGACACAACAGACAGCAAUCAUCAGGCUCCUUCAACGCUACUGCACCAACAUUCAAGCCCACCACCUCUGACUUCAGCUUCUCCGCUGCGGGCCCAGCCUUCACAGCGGACGCGUCGAAAGCACCGGCCGCGACGAGCUCCACGAUCAUUGAUGAGCUUCCCAAAAUCUUCGGAAAGGUCAACAUCCCAGACAUUGUGAAGCCCGCACGCAGGUCCAAAGCGAUCGCAAUCGUGCGACCUCCCACGCCGAGAACGUCCUCGGAAGAAGAAGAGCUGAUGGAUGAUGAAGGUCGAGUGCAGCAAGGAAACGCGAAAAGAGGUCGCAAGAUGCGUGGUGACGGUGACGAUGUGCCCCAAUUUGCUUUACCAGCAGACUUGCACAGCUUGCCUGUUCCGGUCGAGCGAGUGCUGAGGUCCAAUGCACCAGAGAGACCCUUGUCUACACUGGAAGAAGCUCAAGCCGAAGCAGAUGCAGAGGACGCCGUCACUGAACGAUCUGAACUCACGGCAGAGUCUGUCAAGGCAGAUACCGAGAACAUUCUUGAGGAUCCCACCGCAGCGGAUGCAGUGGCGGAGUAUAAGCAUGGACAUAAACUAUCAGCAUCCCUGUCAGCACUGGCCGAGCCGUUUGAGCCCCCGACGUUUGCGGCUCCUACAGCUGUCACAGAAUCCAAUGGCUCGAAACACGAGCCAUAUGAGUCAAUCAGUGAGCUCGAGGAGGGGGAAAUCCGCGAAGAUGAUUCAGCAUCAGUGUCACCAAUCGCACCAGCCGAUCUAUCAAUAGAUAUGAACGCACGGGCAUCGAAGGCACCAGGCGGAGAAACUCGCAUCUCGCCAGAGGGCAUGGAAAUUGCAGGUCCCUCAUUUGAUGAAAUCGAUGCUGUCAUGCGCCAUCUGAACGCAACGGAAUCAGAGAGGGACCCAACGCCUGUCCGACUACCGAGUCCUGGAUCCCACCCCAUGAAGGGUGUCACAUACCUGGCAAACUGGGGUCACACAGAUGCGCUGGGCCUUGAUCCGCGUCCGCGAGAUACAAGUGCGACGCCGACGCUGGAUCACAUCGUAGAUCUCAGCGACCACAGCCAGAACGGCUAUCCACGUGUGCGACAGCUGAACAAGGCAGAAGAGGUUCCUACAAGCGACUGGUCGGAUAUGCUGUCUCCUCCGGAUGCGGAGAAGUUCGACCAGCGUUCCACUUUCUUCGAUGGUCAUAUCGACAAGCUCAUAGGUCGUGCCAUCGAGAGCCGCCUACAACCGUUGGAGGACAGCCUCCGCAGCAUACAGAGCACAGUUGUAAGGAGGCACAAGUCAUCCGAUUUGCAGUUGAAGCGCACGGCUUCGAAUGUGGACAGCGACGCGGACGACGAAGAUGACCUGUCCGAUGCGCUCAAGAACCGACCCAUCUCGCGUGGCCGCGACAAGCGUGUUGAUCAAAUCAAGCUCGCCGUGCUUGAAGCCCUUCGUGAACAAAGUCCGAGACGUGCUCAACAGCAAUCUAUGGAUAUUGAUGAUCUUCAUACGGUUCUUGCUGACAUGAAAGUGUCAUUAGCACGGGCCGCGUCUUCCAAUCUGGAGCUGGACGACAUCCGCGCGGUCGUCGAGGACACGUUGGUCCGGCAAAGCCCAGCCGUUGUGCCGGUGGAUCAGGAUGUCCACAAGCGAGAGUUAUCCGAACUCGAGGGUCGAUUGAACGAGACGUUAGCAAAGGCACUUGAAGAAGCCAACCAAAGGCGCCAAGUGGAAGAGCGCGAAGUGGAAGCACGGCGGCAACUACGACUUGUGGAGGAGGAAUUGCAAUUGCUGCGCAACACGGCCAGAGACGACGAACAGAAGAUUCAUGCAAUGGAGAAAGAGCGUGAGUCAUGGAUAGAGCGUCUCGAAGUUGCCGAAGAAGGCCGUCGUAAAGCGGAAGAGAGUUGUGCGGACUCAGAGGCCGAGAAAGAGGCGCUUCAAGCAACGCUUGAGGAGUACCGCAUCUCCAGUCAUAAGUGGCGACAUGACGCUGAGGAGGGCAAACGCGCCCGCGAGGAACUGCAGACGACAGUGAACAUGCUCAGUCGACAAGCCGAAGAAUAUGAAGCAUCGACUGGAAGUAUGAGGCAGCGCUUGGAGAAGCUUCAUGGAGACAUGUCCACUGCAGCUGGUCAGCUUGCGAGCGAGAAGGCGGUAUGGAAAUCAAGGGAAGACGAGUAUCGUGCAAAGAUUGAGGCUUUGGAGAACCAACAGCUCUUGGCUUCACGCGAACGUGCACAGCUCGUGGAUGAGGUGCGCAUUGUUCGUGCAUCUGCGAUCGAGAACGCCGAGGCGCGCAAUGCCGUGGACCAUGCGAGGUCAUCCAACCAAGAAUUGCAGGAGAUGAUGCACAAACUGCAAGCGCAACUCACGGAGCAGCAAGGUCUGACUGCACAGUACGAACGCCAGCUCUACGAUACCCAGGAAUCCGGUCGUGCUGAGGUCCAUCGCACUCGAAUGUCAUUCGAGACAGAGCUGGAGGCUGCCAACAAUCAAGUCAACCUGAUCCGAGCUGAUCUCGAGACUGCUCUCAGCAGGACUCGUGCCGAACUUGACAAUGCGAGGAUGGAGCUCGAUACCAUGAAAGACCGACAGGCACAUCUGAUGGAGCAGGCAGAAACGGAUAAGCGCGAGGCGCUGCGUAAGGUGAAUCACUCCAACAGUGUCGCUCUUGACGAGGCACGACACAAGUAUGAGUCUGGUAUUCAGGAGCUCACAUCUCAGCACUCGCGUGCUCUGCGACAUGCACUGGAAGACAAGGACCGCAUGGAGAUGGUACUGAACGAGCGACUGGGGCUCAUGCAUGAGAAGCUGCAACAUUACCAAGAAAGAUGCGGGCACCUGGAGGAGAGGCUUGAGAUUGCCAAAACCGCAGCCCAGCACGCUGCGAAGAAUGCACGAGCUUCCCGAGUGGUGUCACCUCCGGCACUGUUGUCGCCCGCUCCCGUGGGCCAGCCGGAGAAGAUCUCGCCGCAGGCUCUGCGCGAGUCUAUUCUUGUUCUCCAGGAGCAAUUGCAAGAGCGCGAAACACAGAUCGAGCGUCUGGAGGCAGAUGCUGAGGAUGGCGGACUAACUAGGAAGCAAAAGGAGGACGAAAUCGCGUUCCUCCGAGAACUGCUCGCCGUGCGCAACGAAGAGCUCAACGAGUUAAUCACUACCAUUCAGAAACCCAACUUUGAUCGCGCUCGCGUGCGCGACAUUGCGAUCCGGCUUCGUGCAAACCUGCAGAUGGAGCAAGAAGAGAAAGACCGCUUCGCACCACCCAGCUCACGCGCACAAAGUGUUGCUGGUCAGGCAUCAGCUCUAUUGAGUAGUCUCGCCACCCCCAAGGUUGCCCAGCAGCAGCUGACCAGUGCGUUCAGCAAGUGGCGAGCGAACAUGGAAAGCUCGGCGUUGAAGAACGCACCACGCUACGACGCGAACGGCCGACUCACUCCCUCCAAGGGCGCUGCUCCGUCUCGACCAGCACUUCCGACAGGUUAUCAGUCUGGACUGAUGACUCCUCCUGCGAGCAACCUGCGCAACUCUCCCGCACCAGAAGCUACCGAGAAGCUCUCACCUCCACGCUUGAUCAGCAGGCAUAGCUCUCACUCGAACCGACCCAGUUCGCGAGGCUCACACCAGAGCGCUGGCACCGAGCGAUCGCGCAGUCAUAGGUCACCCGCGCUGAGCCAACGAUCUUUGAAUCUUCGCCACGGCCCAGGUACAUCACAAGACGAUCUGCACAAUCCUCUCUUCCGUGAGCAGAGCUACGAUCAGGAUGCAGACGACAGCGCUCCUAUCGCAAUCGAGGAUGUAGCGGAGGGUUUCGAGGAGGACGAUAGCCUGGACGAUAUUCCCGAGAGCCAAGCGCCGCCGGGAUUUCGCACACUGCAGGACGAAAUGGGCGAGCCGACGCCGAUGAGUGAGAUCUCGGAGCCUCGGCAUGCGUGACCACGCCCGGGUGGACAUCGCAGAACAAUGACAGUCAUGGAAGCUGUCAGAGAGUUGAAGAGCAUGGUCAGCCAGGAGAGCAUGGCACCCAGCAGUGCGACGACUGCGACUCCGUGCACGAGCUUGCCCCCGUGGCUGUUCGAUGAAGAUGUGUAGUAGGAAGGUGAUUUUCCUUUGUCUAAAUGUUGUAUUGAUGCGUGUAAGAAAGGAACAAAAAUUGGGAAGUGGUCUUUCUCUUGGAUUGGAUCUAUGCAUUUGCCCGCGCAAGAUACCCCCGUGCGAUAUGAUACCCGCCACCGACCAGAUUGGAAUUCUGCUAUUUCUUCGAUGUGUUUUGACCAUAUAGUCCGUUUUUGAGGGGGGUAAAAUACGUAACUGGAGGGCAGGAUAUAUAGGUAUAUAGCGAUAGUUGACAUGUUAGCCUUAUCAC